AUGAGCAAUGUCGAAGAGACUGUGUUUAAUCAGUCUUCAACUAUUUUGGAGUCUUCUUCUCGUUCGCUGCAGGAUGUCUCUUGGCUAGGGAGCAUACAGCAGCCAGAAACAAAAGAGCCUGAAAAGCCUCUAUAUCUCCCCGAGUGGACGGACAGCGGUGCUGCAGUCAUUCACGAAAAUGUUGUUAAAAUCCAAGUAGAUGGCGCAUACCACGUAUUUCCGAUAGAAAAGUACCCGGUGGACAGGAAAGAGACCAGGCACAUAGAAGAAAGAAUUAAAAAAGCGCAGAAUGCAAAUAAAGUUUGCAAAAAAGAGAGCACAGAGGAGGUAGCUCAAAAGAGUAUAAUAUUUGACUCAAGCACUUUGGAAGUUAUAGAUCAGUCCAGCUUGUAUGACUGUUCUACGGGGGUAGAGAAUGGUGGCUUGAUUGGCACUGAUAAAAGAGCCGAUUCAUUGAAAAAAGCGAGUAUGGAUGAGAAUAAAGCACUCAAAGAAAAUCUGUUUUUUCUCUGGGAAAGAGAAAGCUCUGAGCAAAUUAUAGCCCAGAAUAACAUUACAGUGUGUACAAAGGCAGUAAAAAAUAAGCCAAACAAACUUUUAGUAAGGUCAUCAAAAAUUGCAGAUGUUCUUACUGUCAUGUCGCUAAAAUACAAGAUCUCAUUUGUACACCUUACAAAGGAAACAUUAGACACAGCACUUUGCUCACUGGAGAAUAGCAUUCGCAGAAAUGGAAGCGACACAGGGCCUGCUCUAAGGCUUAGAAAAACACAGAAGCCAGAUGAUCUGCUAGAAACAGUGCUUCGGUCGGUGUCCGGAAUUACUGUUGAUGAAAUCUCCAUUUUAAAAAAGAAGUUUGGCUCUCUUGCUGGAAUGUCUCAGAUAGGCUUUUCUGUAGAGGGAGUGCAAAGCCAUACAAUCCUCCAAGUUAGGAACUUAUUCUCCAAAGACAGCUAG